AGUCGCGUUGCACUACCUCCCGCUCGCCAUUCCCGGUGAGUACCUCACGGCCUCAUGUCCUCCAUUUCGGUCCUUACUAUCUUUCCUAGCCUCCACGCUCAACUCUACAUCUACCGCUCCCCUAUAUUGUACGAUUUCACAUGGCGGCAGCCGUUUUAACUUCUUCCAAGCUGUCCAUCUCGAACCCUUUUCAGAUGGCUUCCCACAAGCGCCCCGACCCGGCAUCGCCCCCUCUGCCUGCGGCCGCGUCCUCGUCAAAGGUGCACUUGUCGUCGCAGCCCUCCUCGUCAGCUGGACACCAUGACGCGCCGCCCAAGACAUUCAAGCGCCUGCGUUCCUCAUUGGAGCAGAGCAUCCGGACGGCGACGCGGUCCAAGGCGAAGAUGAGCGCUCCGGUGGACGAGAACGGCGCCAUCGCCCCGAGCGAAGACCGGGACAAUGGCAAAGGUAAGGAGCGUGCGUCCGAGGAGCACCUGUCCGACGAGAAGAGCAAGUCCAGAUCGAGGAUGCUAUCUAAGGUUUCAUUUCGGAGACCAGCCGCGAGAGAAUCGCAACCCCCUGCGCCCCCACCACCUGUCCCCGGCGGAGGGCAGGGAGCCGCACGAGCAGAGAGAGACCGGGACAAGGACAAGGCGCGCGUGGCCGGCAAUGUCAGCUUCCUCGCACCUUCUCUUCGACAAGCAUCCAUGUCCUCGCCAACGUUGCCUAUACCCUCUGCGUAUACCCAGCCAUUCGCGCUCCCCAGCGGCUCGACAUCCAACGUCGCAGCGCUGGUAUCGCCUCCACGUGAACGUGCUCGUAGAUCUGAGUCUGGUGGCCUCAGCACAAGAAACAUUAGUGGGCCCCAACCGCUCGCGUCUCGCCGCGAUCCGCGGGCUAGUGGCGGUGCGGGAUCGCCGCGAGAGGGCAGGAGACCUCCACCGCUGUCGCUGUCUUCACGCGGCAGCAAUUCGCCCGGGCCAGAAACACCAACGCGACGAUCCCGAGACGCGACGAGAUCGCCAGAGCCCUCGUCACCGACACCCCGGGGGCUCGCUGCUAGUUCGUCGCGAAGAGCAGCGGCCAGUGCUAGUCAUCUGCCGCUGAACAGCACUCCCAGUCCGCCCGUAUCGCCUACCCUACGACCGCUUAGUCCUUCCCGUGCACGGUCGACAUCGCGCACCCCCACUCGGGCUGGGCCGUCGGCAUCCUCGUCUCACCUCCCCUAGCCUCGUCUUCAUCCUCUACGUCAGCGCGAAGACCAUCAGUGGAUACCGCGCGCCCCUCACUGGAAGCGCGAAGGCCUUCCGUGGACACCCCCGACCGUCAUUCGAAGCGCGGAGACCGUCCGUAGACGCCCGCCGGCCAUCCGUCGAGGCACGCAAGACCUCGCUCGAUCUGAGUAGGUCGUCGCUGGAAGGCAGGAGACCCUCGCUGGACCGUGCCGGUUCACCUGUCACGCCUACCCGUCCUCGUGCUCUCUCGCCGACUCAGCGCAACAUCACACCGAACUACUACCAGAACCGACUGCUCAAU